CGAAAAGAAGAAGAAGAAGAAGAAGAAGAGGAGGAGGAGGAGGAAGAAGAAGGAGACGCGACUAAACGCAAAGUAAACACACGGAGGACCCGCCAGGUGACGUUCACAUGAGCCGAAAGAGAUGUGCUUGUCCCAUCUGACAUAGUGGGACACUAUAGCUGGACCCCACCCUAGUCCUCUUGGUGUCCCGCCCCCCCACUGUGCCCCCACCUGAAGACUUCCCCUCUCGUCCUCCACCUCCUCUUCCCCCUCUCCGGCCGCCCCUGUGAUGCCUCCCUCGUGCUGUGGCUACCUGUCACAGUACACUCAUCAUCAUCUGGUUGUCUUCCUGCUCACCUUCUUUAGCUACGUGUUGCUGCACGCCUCCAGGAAGACGUUCAGCAAUGUUAAAGUGAGCAUCUCGGCCCAGUGGACGCCGUCUUUCCAGAAUGGCAGCGCAUUCUCCCCCGGAGAGACAUGGGACGACAAUUGCAUGUUUUCAGAUGAAAGGAACGCCACUCUGUUCUUGGGAGCCCUGGACUCUAUCUUCCUCUUCUCCUACGCAUUGGGUCUGUAUUUGAGCGGUGUGGUUGGGGACCGAUUUAACCUGCGCUACGUGCUCUGCUUCGGCCUGUGUGGCUCUGCCGUGGUGGAGUUUAUGUUUGGCACUCUCACCGAAUGGCUGCACAUCUACAACGUCUAUGUGUACUGCACCCUGUGGGUGGUGAACGGCCUGCUGCAGUCGGCGGUCUGGCCCUCCGUCGUGGCCGUCAUGGGCAACUGGUUCGGCAAGCAGGGCCGUGGCUUUGUGUUUGGCUUGUGGAGUGCUUGUGCCUCCGUGGGAAACAUCCUGGGUGCCUUCCUGGCUUCUAGCGUGCUCAAGUAUGGAUAUGAGUACGCCUUCCUUGUGACGUCAGUGAUCCAGUUUGCCGGUGGGGUGGUCGUGUUCUUUGGCCUGCUCACCUCUCCAAAAGAAAUCGGUCUGAGCUCCGAGUCAGAGACCGGACUGAGUGCCGUGGAGACGGACUCAGACAGCCACAGGCCUUUGAUGAGUGACGAGGAGAAGGAGGAGGAGGAGGAGGAGGAGGAGGGCGGCGGCGACGAUGAGGUGGAGGUGGAGGACGAACCUCUACCCGCGACUCCCCGAGCCAUCACCUUCUGCCAGGCCUUCUGUCUGCCCGGGGUGCUACCUUAUUCCCUGGCGUAUGCAUGUCUGAAGCUGGUCAACUACUCCUUCUUCUUCUGGCUUCCUUUCUACCUGAGCAACAACUUUGGCUGGAAGGAAGCUGAGGCUGACCGCCUGUCUGUGUGGUACGACGUUGGAGGAAUUCUCGGGGGGACAGUUCAGGGUUUGAUCUCUGACCUCAUGGGAAAGAGAGCCCCGGUGUUGGCCAUUAGCCUGGCGCUGGCGAUGGGAGCCCUGGUGGGAUACAGCAAUUCGCCUAAUGACCAGGUGAUAAACGCAGCGCUGUUAGCUGCCACGGGCUUCUUCAUCGGCGGUCCAUCUAAUAUGAUCAGCUCGGCCAUAUCCGCCGACCUCGGGAGACAGGAGGCUCUGAGGGGCAGUCAGCAGGCACUGGCUACUGUCACCGGCAUAGUGGAUGGAACUGGAAGUAUAGGAGCUGCUUUUGGACAGUACCUGGUGUCCCUAAUUGAAAGCAAACUGGGCUGGAUGUGUGUCUUCUACUUCUUCAUCGUCAUGACAGGGGGCAGCAUUCUGUUCAUCUCUCCGUUGCUGUUCAAAGAGGUGCGAGCCAUGUGGAGAGACCGACAGGCCCUGCAACGCCAGCUGUGAGAGCGUCCAACAUCUGCAAACGGCUGCUUUUAGGUGUGUUUUCUAAUGUUGGAAUGAUUGGUGGGACGCUGCUUCUCACUGCCACAAGAGUCCCGGAGUUAUGGAGACACCACUUUGAUUCCCACCACCGCCGAUGUGAGCGGAGCGUCUCUAAGCACAACGCGGUCCUAUCCACUUACGAAAAGCCUAAAAAUGUAAGUGCACGCUUCUUUUAGUGGGACAUAGAGGUUGUGUUGAAGUGCCUGAUUUGAAAAUGGGCUUUUAAAGGGAGCUGUCCAGUCUGUGAAUUCAAGCCUUGUGGGGCCAUCACGGAAUGUACUACUGUAUAUAUUUUAUGAUUUUAAAUGGAUGUAAAAACCUUUUUGAAAAUGUAAAGUGGGCCAAGUUGAAUGAAGUUUUGCCUUUUUUUUUUUUUUUUUUUAAAUCACGGGUUCUUAACUUAAAGAUCAGACACUCUGGGUCUGGAUCGCCUAAAGAAUGUGAAUAAUAAUUAUAUUGCAGAAAUGUGUUGUAGAUAUGUAUAAUAAUUGUGUUGCUUGUGGUGCAGAUAAUGAACCUUGCACUGUAGUGUGGUAAUAGGGCAAAGUCUUGAUGAUUUAAGUGAGCCACUCACAUCUUAGCUGGGUUUCUGGGCAACUUUCUUAUCCCAGAAACUUCAUUUUCAUUUUCUUUACCGUUUUGCACAGUCAGGGUUGGAAGCUAUACAGGGAAUCGGUUCUCUUGAUUAUGUCAAAGAGGGGUGUGUGUGUGUGUGUGUGUGUGUGUGUGUGUGUGUGUGUGUGUGUGUGUGUGUGUGUGUGUGUGUGUGUGUGUGUGUGUGUGUGUGUGUGUGUGUGUGUGUGUGUGUGUGUGUGUGUGUGUGUGUGUGUGGUCAAAAGCGAUCGCUGCGAAAACCGUCACACAAACACCAGAGGAAACCCGUAGAGAAAAAUCCACCAUUGUCUUAUUUCACACAUUAGGUUUAGUGUCACUUCCCUAUUGCACAUUAAAGUGUAAAAUGUAUACUGACAUUUUGGAACUGACAUGAUUUGCCGGUUUGUAGCAGAAGCUGCACAUUUGCACGUUGUUGGGGGGGAUUUUCACUGUGAAUCUGUUUUUGAACAGAUUUGUUAAAUUUGUGAGGCCAUUGAAGGUUAAAAAGAAAGUAGUUUUAUAAUUUCCAAACUUGUCAUUGGUGUAUAAAAAAUAAGUUUAACAGCAGCCAUUAGUAAGUUUAUGUUUAGACUGCUUGUCUACUGAUCUGGGCAUUUGUGAUUCCUCAUCUGUUAUGAGGCUGUUAAGGAGCUGAAAAGCCAAAACUGGACCUCUGAUGUCUCUGAACUUGCCAAAUGUAAAAGAAUACCAAUUGAAAUAUAUAUUGAAUUUGUAACACUUUCUCGUGCAUCUCUUAUUUUUAUUCAUGCUUACUUUAAGUUUGCAGAUUUUCCUUUUUAAAUAAAU